AUGGUUUUAGACGGAGAAACAUCGAAACUAUUAUCGGAUCUAAAACGUAAGCGAGGUGUUGUGAAAGCUGCGCUUACACGAACGCUAAAAUUUAUAGGAAAUUUUGAUCCAAAGGUUGAAGCACUAUCCUUGCUAGAGUUUAGGCAGGAAGAGUUGCCACAAAUUAAUAGAAAAUUCGAUGAUAUUCAAGUAGAGAUAGAAUUGCUCAGCACUGAUGAUCCUUCGGAAGAAGAAAGGGAAAGAGAAGAAUUUGAAAAUAAUUAUUUUGCUGCACGUUCUCUAAUUCAAGAAAUCAUAAAUAAAAAUAAACGUCGUAAUGCAUCAGGUGAUGAUGCUUCGCUUGAUUCAGCGGCGCCGUACCCUCGAUCGCGUCUAGCUCCGAUCGACUUACCGAAAUUCAACGGGAAUAUCCAAGAAUGGGAAGCUUUCUUCGACAGUUUCAAGGUGAUGGUACACCAGCAAGACAGCUAUUCACCAGCUCAUAAAUUCCACUACCUACGAUCAACGUUAAGUGGACAAGCACUAGACCUAAUAAAGUCUCUACCAAUGACGGAUGCCAACUAUGGAUUAGCAAUACAAAAACUUCAGCAGCGAUACGACAACAAGGGUUUAGUAAUCCAAACACAUAUUCGGGAGAUUAUGAAUAGUCCUCGAGUACAGUCUGCCACUGCUCAAGAAUUGUCAAGGCUACAAUCACAUGUCGCCGCGCACUUAGCAGCAUUAGAAGCGCUAAGCAUGCCUAUUAAACAUUGGGACGCAUGGUUGGUAACUAUUCUAGUGGAAAGAAUGGACGGAGCAUCCAGUCAUGAAUGGCAACUCCGACAAAGGAAUACAGAGUUACCCAAAUAUAAUGAAGUGAUGGAAUUUUUGGCAAGCCGCAGCAUCGCCUUUGAAAGCUCGGAAGCCCUAGCGAUUAGGGUAAACGAAACCAACCACUCAUCGAAAAGGGCAAGUCAAGGAACCAUUAGCAAAAGAAUAGCACUGGCGGCGUCAUCAGAAUCGAAGCGUGAUAAGUGUAGCCUGUGUGAAGGAUCACACAGGCUAUAUGCCUGCUUGAAAUUUAAGGAACUAUCCGUGUCAGAUCGAUUUAAUCAUGUGCGUGGGAGGCGUUUAUGUUUCAAUUGUCUGGCGCCACAUCACAUGUCUGAUACAUGUCGGUCUAAGUAUUCUUGUAUAAAAUGUAGACGAGCUCAUAAUACUCUGCUACACUUUGAAGGGCAUGUUCAAGACGUUACGUCUGCAGUUACUGACCCAAAAGAUAACGAAGCCGCAUUUAACGUCGAAAAGGGUUCUGAUGGAGAUCAAGUGUCAUUAUUAGUAAAUUACAAGAACAGUCACGUGUUUCUGUCAACCGCGGUUGUACUAGCAGCUGAUAAAUUUGGUAAUGACCGUCAAUGUCGGACUAUAUUGGAUAGUGGGUCUCAGGUAAAUUUCAUAUCCAAGAGUCUGUACAACAAGUUGCAACUGCCGACAAGGUGUUCAAUUCUGCCAAUAAACGGUAUUGGAUCAAGUCACGUGCAGUCAAGUUCCUGUGUGGAAGUGCAACUCAAGUCAAGAGUGACAAAUUUCAGCUUAAAUCUAUCUUGUUAUAUAUUGCCGGUAAUCGUGGACACACUACCCGCAGUAGCCUCCCCAGCGCAUGGUUGGAAUAUACCAGAAGAACUAGUAAAGGGCUUGGCGGAUCCGAUGUUUUUCGAGGCAGGGUCAGUAGACUUGCUUAUUGGGGGAGGCUCGUUCUUCGAUCUUUUGGACCCGGAACGAGUUCAUUUGGGAGUGGAUUCACUGUGCCUGCAAGGUAGCAAAUUCGGCUGGAUAGUGACAGGUGAAAUUGGUGUAAUUUCUCUCCCGGGCGUUGCAUCGAUGGGACAGUUGUUAGAAGAAGAUUGGAGAGCGUUGAAGGACAAAGAAGAUAAUCUAUACGGACGGCAUUCAAAAACCAAUCUCAAGUUGUCGGAAGAGAAGCAGACCGUUGAACAUUUCAAGGAGAACACAAAGAGGGAAACGGACGGCCGGUUUAUCGUAAGAUUGCCAUUGAAGCCCUUAGUCGAAGAGCUCGGUGAUACGCUGAAAAUCGCAACCACCCGUUUUUUAAGUGUAGAAAGGAGGCUAAUGCGAGAUGAGAAGCUUAAAGGGGAAUACACUAGAUUUAUGGAGGAAUACCUUGCUCUUGGGCACAUGGAAGAGGUAAUUGAUGAAGAUCAAAUACCUAAGCGAUCAUUUUACCUACCUCACCAUGCAGUGAUUAAGGAGUCGAGCCUAACCACUAAGGUCCGCGUUGUAUUCGAUGCUUCUGCAAGGAGUUCGACUGGUGUUACGCUCAAUGAUGUUUUGAUGUGUGGACCAAAUGUACAGGAGGAUGUCUUCUCCAUAUUAGCAAGAUUCAGGAAGCAUCAAUACGUGCUAACAUCAGACAUCGAAAAAAUGUUUAGACAGGUAGCAGUUGCUAAAACAGAUUGGGAUCUCCAGCGAAUAGUGUGGAGGGCAAACCCCAGUGGCCCGCUGCGCACGUUCCGACUCACCACCGUAACUUAUGGGACAACAUCGGCAUCAUUUCUCGCAACUCAGUGCCUAGUAACCUUAGCGGAAAAUGUGAAAGAAUCCUACCCUGAUACAGCUCAAAUAAUUGGAAGAGACUUUUACAUGGAUGACCUCAUGACAGGAGCUGACACCGAAGAGGAAUGUUUGAAGUCGCAACAAGAGAUAAGUGAUAUUUUGAACUCCGCCAAACUCAAAUUGCGAAAAUGGUGUUCAAAUUCUGUGAGGGUAUUAGAUAAGAUAGACAAGGUUGAGGACGACCCGCUCUUUACCCUAGAGAUUAAAGAUGGAAGUACUGUGAAGUCUCUGGGUUUAGGUUGGAAACCAUUAGUAGAUCAGUUUCACUUCAACAUCUCCAUAGAUCCGUCGUUGAACAAAUGCACAAAGAGGUCACUAUUAUCUGAUUUGAAUCGUGUCUUUGACCCACUUGGAUUCUUAUGCCCUGUCUUAUUAAGAGGAAAAAUGUUUUUGCAGCAAAUAUGGUCGAUGAAAAUAGAUUGGGACACGGAACUUUCUUCUGACAUUCUAGGAAGGUGGAAAUCAUUCAUUAGUGACUUACAGGAUCUUAAAUGUUUAUCUAUCCCAAGGAAGGUGAAACCGUUGUCAAAGCAUCCUCCCGAAAUACAUGGGUUCUGCGACGCCUCCCAGGAGGCAUAUGGAGCUUGCAUCUAUAUCAGGACGAGAGAUAAUCAAGGAAAGUGGAGUUCACAGCUUCUUUGUGCAAAGACAAGAGUGUCACCGCUGAAGGAAUGGACCAUACCUCGACUAGAGUUAAGUGGCGCCUUGCUGCUAGUGGAAUUAGCAAACAAGGUCGCUGAGUCAUGGUCUGUUGAACUACAUACAUUCCAACUGUGGACAGACUCAUCAAUAGUAUUAGGGUGGCUAAAUAGUCAAAAUACACGGUUAAAAACGUUUGUAGCUAACCGAAUCAAUCAAAUACUAGAUUGUACCAACGUUAAACAAUGGCACCACAUUAGGAGCGAGGAUAAUCCAGCUGAUGUGGCAUCAAGGGGAUUAAAGCCGACAGAAAUAUUACAUUGCACUAAGUGGUGGAAUGGACCUAGUUGGCUCACAACAGAGGAACACAAUUGGAAAAAUGAAGCUGAAUCAAUAGUCAAAGAAGAAGACCUGCCUGAGAUAAGACCAAUUCGUCUUGCGCUAAUAACGACCAGCAUAACCAGUGAUUUGCUGCCCUUAUAUUCAGAUUGGAUCAAGCUUGUUCGUGCAAUCGCUUGGUUAGGAAAAUUCAUAGAGUUCAGGCGAGCCAAGAAAACAGGAAGCACGUUACCACGGUACCUUACAGUAACAAAUCUCCGCUUAGCAGAACUUAGAUUAAUAAAGGGAGCGCAAGCCGACGAGUUUGGAAUAGACCUUACGAAUCUCCUAGCAGGAAGGUCAGUUCGGAAAGGAAGCGUUCUCAGAACCUUGUGCCCGUUUAUUAGUGAAGAUGGAAUAAUUUUGGUUGGAGGGCGACUUGAAAAUUCUGAUAUUGCUGAGACUCAAAAGCAUCCAAUAGUAUUACCCUCAAAGCAUAAAGUAACAAGAUUAAUCUUCGAAGAUCAACAUAGAGCAUUGCACCAUUGUGAACCCCAAGCUCUUUUGGCCGCUGUCCGACAACGUUAUUGGCCACUACGAGGUAGAGUAAUGGCACGAUCUGUAGCAUCUCGCUGCGUCACCUGUAUUCGCUCAAGGCCACGAUUCGAGAACCCAGUGAUGGCACCUUUGCCGAAGAAUCGCGUGCAAUUUUCAAGACCGUUCACAACAACAGGCGUUGAUUUCGCAGGACCCUUGCUGAUCCGAAGUGGCAUACGUAGAGUAACAGCAAUAAAAACUUGGAUAGCAGUAUUUGUAUGUUUCACAACCAGAGCGAUUCACCUAGAGGCAGUAGUUGGACUCACAAGCGACGCAUUCAUGGCAUCAUUGCGACGCUUUAUGUCCAGACGAGGGAAAUGUAGGAAGAUAUAUAGUGACAACGGAACUAACUUCGUAGGUGCGCAAAAGGAGUUGUCCAGUUACGUGGAAGGCACUGAAGAUCUCAUGGCCCGGGAAGGGGUAGAAUGGCACUUCAACCCACCAUCAGCCCCUCAUUUCGGUGGCUUAUGGGAGAGCGCCGUAAAGAGUGUAAAAACUCAUUUAGUUCGCGUCAUCAAGGAUACACGGCUCAAUCUUGAAGAGCUACAAACGCUAUUAUGCCAAAUUGAAGCGUGCGUCAACUCUCGACCUAUGACUCCAUUGAAUACUGAUCCAAGUGAGCCCAAUGCCCUGACACCCGCCCACUUCCUAGUAGGCGGUACCUUGUUGUUACCAGCGGAACCCGAGAUACCACAAACCGAAGUAGCGCGCUUAAAACGUUGGAAAUUUGUACAAGGUCUAAUGCAAAUAUUUUGGAGACGAUGGUAUAGCGAGUACUUACCACAGCUUCAAGUCAGGGGAAGAUGGUUGACCUCAAAAAGGGGAAUGGCAAUAAAUGACGUGGUAAUAAUAAAGGAAGAUUGCACUCCACCGACAAGAUGGAAGUUGGGAAGAAUAGUCAAGGUGCACCCAGGAGGCGAUGGUAUCGUUCGUGUAGUGACGUUACGUACUAUUACCGGAGUUGAAAUGCAAAGGCCUGUCGCUAAGCUAUGUCGGCUCCCACUGGAACAAGAAGUUGAAACUUCAUAA